CGGAUUUACGCUUGCUGCCUGGGAAGGUUGAGGGGUUGUCGAGAGGGGGACCGCCAUCUUGAAGGCGGCGUUUAAGUAGAAAAUUCCGCUACAGUCCUGGAGGGGGUGUUGGAGAGCUGCAGCGGCGACCCAGGUGACGAGCUGUGCACGGGCCCGUCACGGUACCGUGUGCACGCGAAGAGGGGGUUGCUAGCUUCUCAAGACUGCCAUUGCCCUUGCCGCCAUGAUGCGCCCUCGUGCUGCAGGCGUUACGCUGCAGCGCCACCUUCCGUGGCAGUCAUCAAGCAGUGACUGGCUGCUUCGUCUGCUGAGCUGCUGUGUGCCUUUCGGUCCUGUUCAUUUGCCAGUGCUGGUAACCACCUGAGGUUGGUUGUCAGUCCCAGCAACUGAGGUCACAAAGACAUUUUUUACACUUUAGUAGAGUCAAACGUGGCUCUUAGGGUGCCCGCGAUCAGGUUGUUCUCGAUCAGUUGUCUCCGCGACUCAGUUAUUAAAAUUGAAAUUGAUGGGGAUAAAGUUCUCACCCAACCUUUUUGCUAAGUAGGUGAGAAAGUGCAUUUUGCAGGCUUGAAAUCGGAAGAGUAAAAGUUUGAAGACCUUUUCUCUCUUAUUUGGAAAAACUUUGAGAGUCACGUUUAAAUGAUUAAUCACUUUAUAUUAAUUUAUUGACUAGUACAUGCUUUUCUGUCGAGGCACAACAGAGUGUGAUGACUUAACUACGGUUCACUUACCUGGUGCUGUUUAGAUUUUGCCAUGGUGAAAAAGGUUCAAGGUACUCUAGUGUACUUUUAGAUUGCUUACUGUUAAACUUGUAUUGUAAAUUCAGACCUCAGUGCAUACGAUGCACGGUGUAAGAAAGAUUGUAAGGAUUUUUAAAAUGCACAUGAUGGCUGCAAGAAGUUCACUUUUAUGUUACUGUGGGAAGCCGAAGUCUCUAUUUCCAGCAUCAGGAAAAGGUUCCUGAAAUAGGUGGCAUGUUGGGGAAAGUUACUCAUUGAAAAAAUGGUGGACUUUUUAGGUGGAGGAGGGACGGUGGAAAAGGCAUUGUAAGGAUGAUUUAAAAUAUUUAUAGUUUGCUAGAUGGGUCGGAUAGGUAGGAGAGUAGUGGAAAUGAAAAAGGUAGAUUGUGACUGUAGCAGAGUGAUAGAACACCCCAGUCCUGCUUCAUACUCAUUUAGCUGUUCUGGAUCCAGUUUUUGGAAAAGGUUGAAAGUUGAGAAACAGGGACAACAGUUAGUAAGUAAAUCAGUCGCUUCAGUACUAGAAAAUUAUCUGAGUGUUGCUGCUUUUCACGUGAUUCAUCUCUCCUGAACAGCUGUUCUUUUCUAUCCUAAAUUCUUAUUCCAAUAACCUUUAGCUCCGAAAUAUUACACUUUCUAUAGUGAAUAAAAUUCCUUUUUCAUGGUUGAAAAUUACAGCAGUAAUUUAGGAAGUCACUUUGAAAAGUAGGCUAGAAGAGUAAUUCCUAAAUAAUUAAAAUGUCAUUAUGCAAACCUUCUCUCCUCCCCUCCCCCUGAGUGAAAGUAUUUCCCUCCACAGAAUAAUGUUUUCUACUUUUUACUAACCUACACUUUAAAACUCAUUGUAAAUAUGAUUUAUUUGUGAAUGUCCUAGAUUAGGAAAUUUUAAGAAGUACAUGGAGCGCUUAUGUCCUAGAAUUUUACAAUAGAAAACACAAAUUUUCCGUUUCCCUAUAUUGCAACAGGUCAAUCUCUGGUAAGAGGGAUUCUUCUGUUUAUAAUGAAUUUGUGUUUAGGAAACACAAAUUAACAAAUUGGAUUAUAGAGACAGACUAGAAGCAGGUUGCUAAUGCAGUCUAGUUGUGGAGGUGGUAAGGAAAAACAUAAACUGUAGAAGUAGUUGCUUUAUAUCUUGACAGCUGGGAAAGACAUAGAAGAGCUCUAAAGAAGAUAGAAUUGUAUGCUGCACUUUAUGCACAGUACAGCAGCAGCAGAUGUUCCAGUACAGCAACAGUGGAUUUUCAAGAUUAAGAUUAAUUUAGAGUGGAAUGUAUAAUUGAGGCAGCUGGUACCAAUUCACCUGUGGCCUGGAGAACCUAAAUACAUUGUGAGAAUUAUUUCUGCAGUCAGAAGGUCAGUUAAGAUAGGUGACUUAUAAGCUACACAGAAAUGUCCAAAGAGUGUUUACCAUUGUUAAUGAUUUUUGAAUUUCUAUCAUUUUAUAAUCUAGGAAGGAAGAUUGCAGACUACAUUACAUUAAAAGGUGUAGUAAAAUCUAGCUGAAACUCCCCCAAUACAAAUUGUGUUAAGGUGAACAUGAAAGAGUCAUUGGAUUGCUGGUAGAGAAGAGGCAAGAGGGAGUCAUCUGGGGUAUAAUAAAUGUUGUGUAUUGUAAUCUGAAUAAUGUUACUAUAAGUUUAAGUAUAUACUUAAAAGUAUAAACAUUUAUAUAUAUAUAAAUUAUUAAGCAGAACACUCAAGAUAUAUGUUCUUUAUGUAAGUAAUACUGUAAUUAAAACAAAAAUUCCCAAACACAGUUAACUUGUUUAACUCCUUUUCACCCAUUAAAUGAUACAGCUGCUCAUACAUCAGUAUAAAUCAGACGUUCCCUUUUAUUAUAUUUGAUAGGGUUUGAUAAAUUACAUUUGAACAUUUCAGAAAUGUGAAGAUCAUGAUGACAUUUUAAGUAUGUGAUAUAAUUAAUAUUUGGUGUACUUUAUUUCCUGGCUUAGGAGCUGUGACUAAUGAGAAUCAAAGGCCAUGGAUGAAGAUGAACUUGAAUUGCAGUCACAAGAGCCAAACUCCUUUUUCGAUGGAAUAGUUUUUCAGAACACUUCACAUACAUUCCCAUUUUGAUCAUCACAACAGUCCUGUGAGGAACUGAUGCUACUACGCACAUGGAUGGUGAUCAGAUUGUUGUGGAAGUUCAAGAAACGGUUUUUGUUUCAGAUGUUGUGGAUUCUGAUAUAACUGUACAUAACUUUGUUCCUGAUGACCCAGACUCAGUUGUAAUCCAAGAUGUUAUUGAGGAUGUUGUUAUUGAGGAUGUUCAGUGUUCAGAUAUCUUAGAAGAAGCAGAUGUAUCUGAAAAUGUCAUCAUUCCUGAGCAAGUGCUAGGCUCAGAUGUAACUGAAGAAGUUUCUGUAGCACAUUGUACGGUCCCAGAUGAUGUUUUAGCUUCUGACCUGACUUCAGCUUCAAUGUCUAUGCCAGAGCAUGUCUUAACAAGUGAAUCUAUACAUGUGUCUGAUGUUGGACAUGUUGAACAUAUGGUUCAUGAUAGUGUAGUAGAAGCAGAAAUCAUCACUGAUCCUCUGACAACGGACAUUGUUUCAGAAGAAGUAUUAGUAGCAGAUUGUGCCUCUGAAGCAGUCAUAGAUGCCAAUGGGAUCCCUGUGGACCAGCAAGAUGAUGACAAAAGCAACUGUGAAGACUACCUUAUGAUUUCCUUGGAUGAUGCUGGCAAAAUAGAACAUGAUGCUUCCUCUGGAAUGACCAUGGAUGUAGAGUCAGAAAUCGAUCCUUGUAAAGUGGAUGGCACUUGCCCUGAAGUUAUCAAGGUGUACAUUUUUAAAGCUGACCCUGGAGAGGAUGACUUAGGUGGCACUGUAGACAUUGUGGAGAGUGAGCCUGAGAAUGACCGUGAAGUUGAAUUACUUGAUCAAAAUAGCAGUAUUCGAGUACCAAGGGAAAAGAUGGUUUAUAUGACUGUCAAUGACUCUCAGCAAGAAGAUGAAGAUUUAAAUGUUGCUGAAAUUGCUGAUGAAGUUUAUAUGGAAGUGAUAGUAGGAGAGGAGGAUGCUGCAGUAGCAGCAGCAGCAGCAGCUGCUGUGCAUGAACAGCAAAUGGAUGACAAUGAAAUCAAAACCUUCAUGCCAAUAGCAUGGGCAGCAGCUUAUGGUAAUAAUUCUGAUGGCAUUGAAAACCGGAAUGGCACUGCAAGUGCCCUCUUGCACAUAGAUGAGUCUGCUGGGCUCGGCAGACUGGCUAAACAAAAACCAAAGAAAAGGAGAAGACCUGAUUCCAGGCAGUACCAAACAGCAAUAAUUAUUGGCCCUGAUGGACAUCCCUUAACUGUCUAUCCUUGCAUGAUUUGUGGGAAAAAAUUUAAGUCAAGAGGUUUUUUGAAAAGGCACAUGAAAAACCAUCCCGAACACAUUACCAAGAAGAAGUACCACUGUACUGAUUGUGAUUACACUACCAACAAGAAGAUAAGUUUACACAACCACCUGGAGAGCCACAAGCUCACCAGCAAGGCUGAGAAGGCCAUCGAAUGUGAUGAGUGUGGGAAGCAUUUCUCUCAUGCUGGGGCUUUGUUUACUCACAAAAUGGUGCAUAAAGAAAAAGCCAACAAAAUGCACAAGUGUAAAUUCUGUGAAUAUGAGACAGCUGAACAAGGGUUAUUGAAUCGCCACCUUUUGGCGGUCCACAGCAAGAACUUCCCUCAUAUUUGUGUGGAGUGUGGUAAAGGUUUUCGUCACCCGUCAGAGCUCAAGAAGCACAUGCGAAUCCAUACUGGGGAGAAGCCAUACCAGUGCCAGUACUGCGAAUAUAGGUCUGCAGACUCUUCUAACUUGAAAACACAUGUAAAAACUAAGCAUAGUAAAGAGAUGCCAUUCAAGUGUGACAUCUGUCUUCUGACUUUCUCAGAUACCAAAGAGGUGCAGCAACAUGCUCUUAUCCACCAAGAAAGCAAAACACACCAGUGUUUGCACUGCGACCACAAGAGUUCGAACUCGAGCGACUUGAAACGACACAUAAUUUCAGUCCACACGAAAGACUACCCCCACAAGUGUGACAUGUGUGACAAAGGCUUUCACAGGCCUUCUGAACUCAAGAAACACGUGGCUGCCCACAAGGGUAAAAAAAUGCACCAGUGUAGACAUUGUGACUUUAAGAUUGCAGAUCCAUUUGUUCUAAGUCGCCAUAUUCUCUCAGUUCACACAAAAGAUCUUCCGUUUCGGUGUAAGAGAUGUAGAAAGGGAUUUAGGCAGCAGAAUGAGCUUAAAAAGCAUAUGAAGACACACAGUGGCAGGAAAGUGUACCAGUGUGAGUACUGUGAGUAUAGCACUACAGAUGCCUCAGGCUUUAAACGGCAUGUUAUCUCCAUUCAUACAAAAGACUAUCCUCACCGUUGUGAGUACUGCAAGAAGGGGUUCCGACGACCUUCAGAAAAGAACCAGCACAUAAUGCGACAUCAUAAGGAAGUUGGCAUGUCCUAAUAGUCCUUAUACAGACAUUUGUGGAGAUAUUGGCCCUAAAGCAGAAAUCUCAUUUUAAAGCCAAUCAGUCUCAUUCACAUGCAAUACUGUAUAUCAAUUUAUGCUGUGUACAAAUAGAAUUAUUGCUUCUAGUCAACUUUUCUUUACAUUUUACUAAGUAGAGUGUUCUGGAUCCUAUUCAGUUUGUUCAGUGGCAAAAAGUAGCAACAAUGAAGUUGCUUUUAAAAAUGCAUCUCUGAUGUUGUACUUAACUUUUUCAGUCUUAGAAGUUUUACUAUUCAUUUAAAUAUUUAUUCACAUUGAUGGUACUCUUCUAAGACCACUUACAGAUUAAAAACACACAAUUGGUUAUUCAAAAAGUAAUUAUUUUGACUCCUUUUUCCCCAUAAAUUUUUUAGAUAAAAUACAAACAUCUACAAAUAGAAACAGAUUGUAUUCUUGGGUCUAAUCAUUACCUGAAAGUAAUUUCUUUGUCUUGCUUAAUUUUUCAGACCACAUGACAGUGAAACUUUCCAUUUGAGUCUCUAGCAUUGCUAAAUACAGAACAUUUGCUAGUUUUAUGUUUAAUUAUCAUUUUAUUUAACAAACUAGGCUUUCUUGUGGCUUUCUCUGUCGUACAUCUUUUCUCAGCAUAGCACCCUUUUAGAAAGCUGUUGGAAGGUUUUGCUUUUUACCCGUUUGUUAUUUUUCUGUUUACAUAGUUUUGUUUUGGAAUACUUGUGUUCUACAAAUGAGACUUACUGAGUUUUAGAAUCUUAGAGAUAAAAGCCAGUUCAUGGGAUAUUUUGCAACUGCAUCUGUAACUGUGCUACAGAUUUUAUAUGUGCCUAUGUGUUGCUUGUUUUACAUACUUACACAAUCCCAAAUUUAAGUGUAUAAUGAAAAGUAUUAAAUGCACAGUAAAGUGAAAGAUCCAGGGAUAUAUGAAAGAACAUUUUAUAAACUUGCUAUUCAGACAGAUUAAAUUAACUUGAAGCAAGAAUUAGAAGGAAACUAAGGACAGUGGUAUUUUUAAAGACUGAAGUAUUUUCUUUUAAAUCUGUUUGGUAAUUGAAAAGAGAAGGUAUUUCUAGAUACAAUAUUUUUAUAUAAUUUUAGCUUCAUACCUUAAAUUUUUCUGAAAAGCAAAUGAAUAUCUAAACAUAAAUCUCAGUGCUCACUUGAGAAGCAUGUGAAAGAAACAUCUUUUUACAAUGUAGAGUAAGAUUAAUGGCUCCAGAGGAUGGCUGCUAAUUAAAAUUGACAAGGUUAGUCUGGUUUUUUGUUGUUGUUUUACUGUUUCAGUUAGCAAACUUGAAAAAGAUUUAAUAUUCAAGUUAGCUUUGAUUAGAAGUUAAAGAUGUGUUUAAACUACAUAAUGAAAAUGUUAAACUUUAUUCGGAAUAGCACCAAGCCUUUUACAGCUUUUGUUUUUUGUCAGUUGGCAUGUUUUAAGCAGUCAGUGAGUCAUAAAUCUAUAAAAUGAAUUGAGACAGUUACUUAGAAUUUGGUUGUGUUCAUCUGAAUUUUCGAAAAUAGAAAACACUUUUUUUUUUUUUUUACUUGAGUAUUGGCACAUACAUACUGGCACAUUAUAUACGAAUAGAAAAAAAUUUUUCCCCUCUUGAUCGUUCCCUUGCAACUUCAUUAUGGUGCUUCCUUCUUUUACUGUAAAGUUUUUACCUCUGCCUUUUCUCUGUGCCACUACUAUUCAUAUUCAGAAGUUAUAGGGUUAGAAAUAUAAAUAUUUGGAGGUACUGAAGGCUGGAUUAAUUUAGUCUACUUUUAAAUCAAGUGCUUAGGCAUAUUUAAACCUAAUGCCAUUCAAGCAACAGGAUGGAUUUGGAAACCCCGUAAGCCUUCUUGGUCCUCAAAUUUGUCUCACCCCACUUUUAGUGUCCAUUGUCCUGAACUUAAAAAACUCUUAUUUUUUUGUGUGAGAAUCUUUUAAUUUCCCUUGCAUUUGUUUUUUCCCUGAAGUAAUAUAAAAGGAAAUGUUUAAAUAAAAGUUUACAUUUAAGAAUUUUAAAACAUUCUUUAAAAUUAAUACAGAUAAAAACCUUAAUUAUAUUUUAAAAAUAAACUGAAGAUAAAGAACACAACACUUUACAUACUUUAUAUUGCUCUCAUAGUUUGAAGUCUUACACAGUUAUUUUGUUUUGUUUUUUUAAGCACAAUAUCGAAACCUUUAAAAGGUAUAUAAGGAUUUGGUCAAGCGAAUAUGAUAAAACAUUUGUCUUUAAAAAGAAAAAAUGAAAUUGUACUUACUGUUAUGUACCAAUAUUAGUUGCAGGAUGUUUUAGUUCUUAAAACAAUUUGAUUAGCAAAGCUAAACAAGUUUGGAUGUUUCAGUUUAAUGUUUUAAAGAGGUACAGAUUUUUACAAGAACAUAAGUUAUUGUUUUGUUGAAAUAGCCUAUUAAAUAUUAUAUGUCUCUUCCUCUGUAAACAUUGUAAAAUACUUAAAGUAAAAUACUUGAUAAAUUCAUAUAGAAGAGUGUGACACUAUUGUAAAUGUGUACUUGAGAAUAACAUGCAGAAAUAAAAAUCAAAAUAUUUUCUUGUUAA